AUGUUGACACCUAUCCGAGGGACACACAUAGAGAAUGCAGUUCUUCUUAAGCAGCAAUAUGGACUGAACAAAACCGAAAAUGAGGUCAUCGUCAUUAUAGAAGCUUAUAGAACUCUGAGGGAUCGGAGGCCUUACCCUGCUGAUCAAGUUGUGAGAGACAUCAGCAGGAAGUUUGGUUUUGUGCUCUUCGACAGCUCUUCUAAAACUGCUUUUCUGGCCUCUGAGAGUAAUAAUAAUGAUGUUGAUGGAAGUGUUGCUUUCUUCUGGGGAAGUGAUUCUGGAGGCAAUCUUGUUCUCUUGGAUGAUGCGGAAGUUGUGAAGAUGGGAUGUGGGAAAUCUUUUGCACCAUUCCCUAAAGGUAAUUAUUUUUUCAGAUUGUUGAUGCGGCUCCACUGGAGUUCGGUCUAUGCAUUGCAAUGUGAAAAGUAA